GGAGAGAUCUGGGAAUGUGCAAAGCACUGGGAUUUAGUGUUGCAGAUGGAAUUCUCAUCAAUUUGGCCUAUGAUAUUUCUGCGUUUUGUACCAGUAUUGUUGCUCAAGAUUCCAAGGGAAACGUUUACCAUGGUCGGAACUUGGAUUAUGCUUUUGGAGAUAUUUUACGCAAGAUUACAAUUGACGUGCAGUUUAUGCAAAAUGGGCAGGUAGCGUAUAAAGGUACCACAUUUAUGGGCUAUGUGGGCUUAUGGACCGGACAGAGUCCACACAAGUUUACAAUCUCUGGUGACGAACGAGAUAAGGGAAGAUGGUGGGAGAAUGCAAUAGCUGCUUUCUUGAGUCGAAACGUCCCAGUCAGCUGGCUUAUCAGGGAUACCCUGAGCAAGGCUGCAGACUUUCAAGCUGCCGUUCUCAAACUGGCUGCGACCCCGAUCAUUGCGGACGUUUACUACAUCGUUGCAGGGACGUCGCCCAAAGAGGGCGUGGUCAUCACAAGGAAUAGAAGAGGGCCGGCAGACAUCUGGCCUCUUGAGCCUACAGCCGGAGCGUGGUUCCGUGUAGAGACAAACUAUGACCACUGGACAACCCCUCCUCCAUUUGAUCAUCGAAGAACUGCAGCCAUUAAAGCUCUCAAUGCCACCGGAUGGGAGAAUAUUAAUUUUGAGACCCUCUUUCAGGUAUUAUCAGUGAGGCCGGUCUUAAACAAUUACACAAUAUAUACCACAGUAAUGAGUGCUGCAGCCCCAGACAAGUACAUGACACAGAUCAGAACCUUGGAGUGAACAUGU